GUAUUUUUUAUAUACGUGUUAGCAUAUUCUCGUCUGGUAUUUGCGUCUGUAGUUUGAGGUAGCAGUUACUUGAAUACAACGAUAAUGACUUGAAUGUAUAGAAAAACAAUCUUUAUUUGAAGAUAUAGGUUAUUCAGUAUUCUUUUUGGUUAUUAUUCUGCUGGCAUUUAAUCACUCUCAAAAGAUCUUCACCCCACACACGGCUCCGACCCUUUUUGAAGACAUAGUCGUUUCUCUUGCUUAAGACAGCAUUAACCUUCCGAUAUGGGGCUACCACUUCAUAUAUUACGAAACCCUUCUUUAAUAUCUUCUUACUUCUCUGCGAGCAAGAGCGGUUCUUGGGCAUCCGUUCUGCUGAAGGCCGUCGGAGUACUCUCAAGAGAUUCCAGAUGGCAUGCAGAUCUUCUUAGCGUUCUGACUGAGGAAAUGCAAUCUUUAAAUAAACAACUCAAUUCUUGGACUGGAAACAACCCGCUACUAGAUCGAAUUACCGAACCGUAUAAACGUUCAGACACCCAGUUUUUUCAUCCGCUUUUAGUUUUAUUAAUGUCACGAGCUUCAAGAGUGGAAGGUGAUACAAGUCAGCAAAUGUUUCAGAGAUACAAGCAAUUGUCACGUGUUACAGAAUUAAUUCAUGCCGCUAAUCUUAUCCAUAUCAAUAUCCGAGAAGACCAAAGCACUGAAGAGCUGAAAUUGGCAACAUUGGUUGGUGAUUAUUUAUUAGGAAAAGCUUCCGUUGAUCUUUCGCACCUAGAAAGUAAUGCUGUAACAGAAUUAAUGGCCUCUGCUAUUGCAAACCUAGUGGAAGGACACUUCAUGAAGGCAGGGUCAUCACCUGCAGAUAUGCAAGCAAAUGAACGGAUGCUUUUACUUCAGUCGGCAUUUCUACCGGCAAAAGCUUGUUUAUCCGCUAGCAUUCUAAAUAAUGCCUCAGCACAUAUAAAUAAAGCAUGUUUUACCUAUGGAAGGUUCUUGGGUCUAUCUAUGCAUGUAGCGCAUGAAGAUUUACCGGAGAAGAUGGACUUGAAGAUGAAGAAACUGGAAGUUCUAAAUGAUUAUCAAAAAAAAGCUAAAGAUGCAUUGACUGUCUUCCCAGACGUGGAAGCUAAGCAAGCAUUAAUUGAAAUUGCUGACCGAGUAUCAAUUGCAUAAAAAUUUAUCUAGAAAUAUUGUCCAAUGGUUUCAGAUAUGGUCAUGGAUGAGAAAAACGGUCGGUGUCUGUUGAAGUCUCUUUAAUUCAAGGCAUUUUAUACUCGUAAAAAAACCAUCAAGCAUUCAUAAAUGAAACAAUUUGGUUGCUACAAAUUGUAACCAUGAAAUAACUCUAAUUCUAGUUUCGUACAUAGUAGAUAGCGUCCAAGGAUGCUAUGAAUUUUUACCCACGGCAUUUGGGAUUGAAAACUUUGGACUUUUUGGAACCUUUUAUCCUCAUAUAAGGAUGCAAUCUUUUCUAAUACCUUCUUUUCGGAUGGAUUAUCCAUGUACCAUUCGUCUAGAAACUUUGAUAGUGCUGAAAAAUCAACCUGCCUCUGUUCCAAAAGGUGAAAUGACAUCUAUUCUCGUGUCAGUUUGUAUUUCUCUUCUUUUUCAUACCCAACGUAUAAUCCCAGUCUUAGCCACAACAUAUAGUUUGGUAGCUUCAUCGUUCAAAUUGCAUUCUCGGGCAUAACGCUCAUCGUUCUUAUUGAGAGAGGAAGUCAAGGAACGAAAACAUUCCAGUCUCUCCUCUUCAAUACAGGCUAGUAUGUGUAAAGAUCUACUGAUAAGGUCUGUAUCCCAUAGUAUAGCUUGCGAAAGUGUCAGAUUCAAGUCUUCAUUCAUGUCUGGAAGGGUUCUAACUUUUAAUGCAAAGCAAUGGUCAAGGAAGGCCAUAUUCAUAAAUAAUGGUACAGGAACAUAUUCUAAAGACUCACAUGUACCCAGAUUCUCUAGACAAGCUUUCUUGUUAAUUUUCUAAGGAGUCUGAAAUUUGUUACCUUGUACGAUCGCUGCAUUCUCACUGGUCUCUUGAAAAUGAUUUUCAGAAAGAAAAAAGGCCUCCAAAGAUUUAAAGGUAGCUGCUAUUUGACUAUGGUGUAUCAUGAUUCGAUUUACGACCUUUGUGUUUAUAAAGACACUAUAGAUCAAAUCCUUCUUACUUUUCAAAUUCAAGAAAAAAAGAUCAAUAGUAAGUUUCUGUUCGAUGAGAAAGCAUUUCUUUCCAUAUAUGGGUCUUUCUAUAGGAGAACCGUUUCCUGGGUUGUAUUCAUUACUGACAAAAGUGUAAUAUCUAAGACGCUAGACGAAUUCUUUAUUAUUAAAAAAAAAUAAAAAUAAAAAUAAACGAAAGACGAACUCGACUCUCAUUUCAAAAGUCUACCUAAAUUAUUAUAUCUAGAAUAAAUAUUCUUUUCCACGUUCUAUAUAUCAAAAUCGC